AUGAAUCCAGAUCCUAAAAGUCUUAAUAUCCCUAAGGGAAGACAUUCGUUUUAAUGUGGAGGCCAAACCUUUGUAGUCGAUCAAAAAUAUGAAUAUAUAAAACAGAUUGGACAUGGAGCCUAUGGAGUUGUAUGUUCUGCUCAAAAUAAGAGAACUGGGUAGAAGGUAGCAAUAAAAAAAGUCGCUAAUGCAUUUGAUGAUUUGAUCGACGGCAAAAGGAUAGUUAGAGAAAUCAAAUUACUAAAAUUUUUUAAACAUGAGAAUAUCAUUUCACUCUUUGAUGUUCAAAAGCCUGAAGCAAAAACAGGAUUUAAUGAUAUUUACAUUGUAACCGAAUUUAUGGAAACAGAUUUACAUAGAGUCAUAUACUCUAGGUAAGAACUGACAGAUGAGCACAUUCAAUAUUUUGUUUACUAGAUCCUAAGAGGAUUACUUUACAUGCAUUCAGCCAACGUAAUUCAUCGCGAUCUCAAACCAGGUAAUAUUUUAGUUAACAAAAAUUGUGAUUUAAAAAUAUGCGAUUUAGGCUUAGCAAGAGGAUAUGAAAACGAGGAAGACUUCAAAACAGAAUACGUUGUUACUAGAUGGUAUAGAGCUCCUGAAGUUAUUUUGAAUGCAUCUGAAUACAGUAAGGCAGUCGACAUUUACUCUGUUGGUUGUAUCUUGGCUGAAUUAUUGGGAAGGACUCCUUUAUUCCCAGGCGAAAACUAUUUAGAUUAAGUUUAGAGAAUCAUUGCAGUCUUAGGAACUCCUACUGCUGACGAUAUGAAAUACAUUGGAAACAAUAACGCAAUUAAAUACAUUAAAAGUCUUCCCAAAAGAUCUAAAUAGAAGUGGGAAGCUCUUUUCCCUAAGGCAAAUAACAAAGCUCUAGAUUUGUUAGGAAAGAUGAUCACAUUCAACCCAGAACAACGUUAUACUGUUGAAUAAUGUCUUCAGCAUCCUUACUUUGAUGAAUUGCAUAAUCCUGAUGAAGAACCCCUGAGUGGCAAAGCCUUUGAUUGGAGUUGGGAUAAUUUCGACCCAACCAAAGAAUUACUUUAAAAUAUGAUCUAUCAAGAAUCCCUCUCCUUUAAUGAUGAAGUUCCUGAAAGAAAGAAAAAGUCAAAUUAAUUCUAAUUGAAAGCUUGA